AUGAAACUUGAGAGUGUUUCCGGGUCUUUAGUGUAUGCAUGGAAAUAGAAAAGAUGGACUCCCUAAAGCGUUGUUAUACAGUGCAGUAUUCCCGAUGUGUUUAAAGUUUGGAAAGUAAAAACUGAGCCGUGGAGAUAUGCGCUUACCCUUAUGACUGUGUUGCGUUCUUAGGGAAAGUGAUUUGUACCGUUCGGCGACUUCAAAAUUCGUUUGGAAAUAGACGAGGCCGUGGGACUGAACUGUAGCAGGAGAAAUAUUUUAGAAACUGGUUGUAUCGGUCUACAUUGCAUUUAUCUUUAUAGUUUAGGCUAUAGUUGUUGUUUAUUUGUAUUUUUUCGCCUUUUCGUUGUAGGUUAGAAGAGAGGUUUUACUCUUAGACGUUAGGCCUAUACUUUUGGAGCGUAGUUUUAACCUAACUAAUAUUUUAGAAAAUGUCACUAGAGGAGUACGAGAGGCAUUAUGCCUCGCUAAAUUCAGAUUUGUGCAGCGAGUCAGUCCCUAACCCUAUUAGCCGGUCAACGUCGAGCACAUACAGCGCUGAGGAGGAAAAGUUACAUUACAUUCCUAUCCGGAUUCUUGGAAGAGGUGCAUUUGGUGAAGCUACUCUCUACAGACGAACAGAGGAUAACUCUCUGGUGGUUUGGAAGGAAGUGGAUUUGAACAACCUCUCAGAAAAGGAGCGCAGAGAUGUCACGAAUGAAAUCAGCAUCCUGUCCAUCCUACAGCACAAUAACAUAAUAGCCUACUUCAAUCAUUUCAUGGAUAAGAACACACUUCUCAUUGAGCUUGAGUACUGCAAUGGGGGGAAUCUGUAUGAUAAAAUCGUUCAACAGAAGGGGAAGCUGUUCAGUGAGGAGGUUGUCGUUUGGUACCUGUACCAGAUUGCCUCAGCAGUGUCUCACAUUCACAAAGUAGGGGUACUUCACAGGGAUAUCAAGACUCUUAAUAUCUUCCUGACAAAAACCAACCUCAUUAAGUUAGGUGAUUACGGACUGGCCAAGAAGCUCGACUCCCAGUUUGCCAUGGCUGAGACUUGUGUUGGAACCCCAUACUACAUGUCUCCUGAACUAUGCCAGGGUGUCAAAUACAACUUUAAAUCUGACAUCUGGGCCAUGGGCUGUGUCCUGUUUGAAGUGUUAACCCUCACCAGAACAUUCGAUGCAACGAACCCUCUGAACCUGUGUGUGAAGAUAGUUCAGGGAAACUGGACCAUGGACGUGAACCCUGAUCUUUAUUCCUCAGCGUUGAUCAAGCUAGUAUAUGAGUGUCUGGAUCAGGAUCCGGAGAAGAGACCGACAUCUGACCAGAUUCUUGACCAGCCAAUCAUAUCCUGCUGCAGACAGGAGCUGGAGGAGAGAGUUAUCUUGCUAAACUCAGCGAUGAAGAAACCAAAGUUGAGCAACGUGACAGAAAGUCCUGUCGCCGUGGUGACCACACGCUCCAGAGAAGUGUAUUUCUGGGGUGGAGGGAAAUUCACCCCCCAGAAGUUGGAUGCGUUCAAAGGAGGCAGCAGUGCUCAGCACGUGUGCGCAGGAGAGAACCACUUUGCUGUGGUGACAGUGGAGAAAGAGCUGUACACCUGGGCUAAUGUACAGGGUGGAACCAAGAUGGUGGGCCAGUUGGGUCACGGGGACCAGGCCUCGUACAGGCAGCCCCGCAAGGUUGAGAGGCUCCAGGGCAAGGCUGUCCGUCAGGUGGCCUGUGGGGCGGACUUCACCGCCUGCGUCAGCGACGAGGACCAGAUGUACAUGUUUGGGUCGGACUACUACGGCUGUAUCGGGGUGGAGAACGUGCUGGGCAUGGAGGUGCUGGAGCCGGUUCUGCUGGAGUUCUUUGAGGAGCGUCCGGUUCGUCAGGUGUCCUGUGGAGACAACCACGUGGUAGUGCUGACCCAGAGCGGAGACAUCUACUCGUGGGGGUGUGGAGAGCAUGGACGACUUGGCUUGGACUGUGAGGACGACUUCAGCUCUCCUAUGCAAGUGGAGACCCCUAAAGGAGCCACCAUCUCCACCGUCUCCUGCGGCUGCGAUGGAACCUUCUUCCUGACGGAGUCUGGCAAGGUGCUGGCCUGUGGGAGCAACGAGCUGAACAAGCUGGGUCUGAACCAGGGCUUCUCAGGACUAAAGAACCACCCUGGAGAGCAAGGGUACCAAGGGAUACCGUACACCACCACUCUCACUCUGGUCAAGCAGCUGGCCAGGUUUAAGAUCCAGGCCAUCUCUCCUGGGAGGAGCCACACCGGAGCUAUCGACGAGCGCGGGCGCCUGAUCACCUUCGGGUGUAACAAGUAUGGGCAGCUGGGAGUGAAGGACUUUAAGAAGCACCAGGGGGUCCAGCUGCUGGUGGGGCCGUUCGGGGGAAAGGUGGUCAGCAAGGUUUCCUGUGGAGAUGGCUUCACCAUCGCUGCUACUGAGGACAAUCAGAUCUUCGCCUGGGGAAAUGCAGGAAAUGGCCGCCUGGGAAUGCCCCCUGAUAAGGGCUUUGGCUCGGAGGUGUGCCCCGCCUUACCCAGACCCAUCUUUGGUUCUCUCCACCACGUCCCAGACCUGUCCUGUCGUGGAUGGCACACCAUACUGAUCAUGGAGAAGGUCCUCAACUCUAAGACCAUCCGUUCCAACAGUAGUGGACUUUCCAUCGGUAGUGGGCUGGGCCCAGUCUCUAGCUCCACAGUGGAUCUGGACAUGGAGCCAGGUGCAGAGACCGGGGUGCGUGACGCCGGUCUGGGGGGCACGGUGGAAGCAGACACGGAGGAGCGUCGCAUGGAGACCUCGGAGAUGCCCCUGGGGAACCAGACUGGAGACAGCUCCUGCCCCUUCUGGCUGCGUAAGGAGCUUCAGGACGCUGAAUUCAUACCCAUGCCGGAAGAUUCCAGAGGCUUUGUCCCUAAUCCGCUGGCUCCGUCCUACUCUGAGAGUGUCACUCUGCCGUACGAGGAGUUGCAGGAGUUAAAGGCUGCAGCCGCAGCUGCUGCCACUGGGAAAGCUCUCUCGACCGCACGCAUGGGCUGUGACAAGGCCGGGCUGGAGGAGGGAGGGGCUUGUAAGAAAGGAGACGCCGUUUCCUGUUGCAGAGCCAGUAGUGAGAUUGCGCAGCUGAGAGAGACUGUCAGCCGUCAGGAGACGAUGAUCCAGAGACUACAGAAACAGUUCAGUGACCAACUCAGCGAGAAUGAGAAGCUCUGGAUGGCUAUCAACCAAAUGACCCUGAAAGAAACUGUGUCUGAAAAUAACAGCGACCAGCGAUGUGGCCCUGGGCCCGCAGAGGCAGGAGGGAGCCAGAGCCCAGAGGACAGACCUGCAGGGGCGGGCACGUGAGGGCCGCCCCCUGCUGCUCUACUGUGUUUGGAGGGACUGUGGCUCUGCACGCCCAGACCUAUAGAUGGAGUUAUUCAGACUCAGGUCAGGACAAGAGUAGGACUAUAUUAUCUUCCAGCUCCUUCUGAUAGGACAUGUGUCCGUUACAGGCUGUUAACCAUGUCAGCAGGCCGCCAGGGGGAGAUGAGGGGAAGGUUCAAAACCUCUGCUGUCCUCAUUGAAACAGCUUUUGCUUAAUUAGUAGUGGCCAUUGGGGGAUUGAAGGUUGCAGAAUGAAUACAAUCAGGGUUGAACGACUAUAUAGUAUUUGUGGUUUUCUGUCUGCAUGAUCAUGCUGUGUUUGAAUAGAUAGAACAAUUGCUUUUACUCCACAUUGAAAGAUACUUACAGGCAUGAUAAACUUCAGUAAAGCUGCAGCAGUAUUCGGUUUUAUAGACUGACUCAAAUACUGGUAGUAUUCAACAUCGGGAACCCAGGUAUUAGCAGUGUUAAUCUAGUCAAUGCCUUGGUUUUAACGCUGGCUCAGACUGUCAACAAAGGUCUACAUAACAUUGUAGCUCUCAUAACCAUGGAUAUAUCUUAUCACAUUUCAUAUCACAUUAUAAGGUGCUUCGCAUUUAUAAGAGCCCUAAAUAUAUAUUGUACCUGUGUGUAUGGUGUGGUAUAUUGUACUGUUUUUCAGCUGUGGUUAUCAGCAAAAAAGGCAGAUUAAUCAGGUCAACAUCUGUUUCCAAUGUGAAUCUAAAAACGAGUAUAUCUUUUUUAUUCUUUAUCUUGCACUUUUGAUGUUCUUCAAAGGCUAAAUACCAAACAAAAAGAGUAUACUAAAUAUACCUUAGUCGACUUACCCUUUUAAAUGUAAUGUACCAUGGGCGUUUUGUUGUCAUAAGUGAGUGGAAGAAAGACAUGAGCAGAAGAUGCCAAAAUGGGAAAUGUAUGACGUUGCUAUUGAUUUCACUAAACUACUGAUGCAAUAACAACAAUUUAAAAUAGAAUAUGUACAUUUGCCUUCUAAAGACAUAUUAUUAUGAUAAAUGGUGUCAUAUUUUUUAUCAUCAGAGUUUUUCUUUAGUUUGAUAUGUUUUGUUGUUCUUGUUAUUAAGGCGUUACAAUCUUUUUAUUUGGGCUGUGUGAGAUGCUAUAGCGAGUUGUGUAGUCAUCUAAAACGGCUAAUAAGUUCACAACCUUGUGGGUUAGUGUGUGGUCAAAUUGCACCGAUUAACACUGAUGGAACUUUAUAUAUCAAUGUAAGUACAAAAUGACGUAUUAAUCUAAAACCAAAGAUGGAUUGUAGACGGAUCCUAAGGACCGUUCCCUUCUCCAUAUAUUUGUUGUUCUAUGUCUACAUAUUCAGCCCAUACUGUAUUUAUUAGAGGCUUCCUAUCUGUAAGGUAUUGAGUGUCCAAAAAUAUUGUGUGCAAGAUGUUACAGUGACCUUAUUUGCUACCAUCCAUAGAUUCACCUUUACUUCAUGCUUUGUGUAAAGAAUAAAUCAGCCAAACCACCA